GGUCGCGCGAUCCUGGUUUCUUCAAGGUGUAGCCGUCACUUCUUUUCGGCGGUGGUUUGGGAUACGGCUUUUUGCAGGUUAACGAGUGUGUGUUGAUAUGCAUAUGAUAUCCGUUACUUAGGGGCUUUUUUCAGGGUGAUAAUGGUAUUAUGUUCAUAUGUGACUAUCAUAAAUUUGAGGACAUGAGUAAUUUUGGAGCAGUGGAGGCCUUUAUUCGAUUGAGGCAUGUCUACAUCUGAUGUUAGAACAUGGGGUUAAUCUCGCACUGAAACAUUUUGGGGAAAGGGAGAAGGAAAAGUUGGUUGGUGGUUUCAUCGAGUGUGUGUUCUUUGAAGGAGUAUGAGUCCGGAUAGCAGCAGCCCUCCAAGGUCGCGACGUUUCCGUAGCAGUGAGAGAAUGUCUUACCGUGAUGCACCUUACAGGAGGGAUCGACGAGGUUCUCGGGAUAACCUGUGUAAAAAUUGCAAGCGACCUGGCCAUUUUGCAAGAGAUUGCUCCAAUUUGGCUGUCUGUAAUAACUGUGGCCUUCCUGGUCAUAUUGCAUCCGAGUGCACCACCAAGACGCUAUGCUGGAACUGCCGCGAACCUGGGCAUGUUGCGAGUGAGUGCUCAAAUGAGCCCAUUUGUCACACGUGCGGCAAGGUUGGCCACCUUGCGCGGGAGUGCUCCGGCCCUGGCCUCCCCUCAGGUGAUACCCGCUUAUGCAACAAUUGCUACAAGCAAGGCCACAUUGCUGCCGAUUGCACCAAUGAGAAGGCUUGCAACAACUGUCGGAAGACAGGCCACUUGGCUCGCGAUUGCCCUAAUGACCCCGUGUGCAAUGUCUGCAACGUGGCUGGCCAUGUGGCAAGGCAGUGCCCUAAGGCAGGGUUAAAUGAUGGUGGGGGUUUUCGUGAUGGUGGGGCUUUUCGUGAUGUGAUCUGUCGCACUUGUAACCAGCCCGGCCAUAUCAGUAGAGAUUGUGUUGGUGUUGUCAUAUGCAACAAUUGCGGAGGGCGUGGGCACAUGGCAUACGAGUGCCCUUCAGGAAGGUACAUGGAUCGUGGGAUGCGGAGGUACUAAUGAUUAGAGCUAUGCUCUUCCCUUUUUUUCUUUUUAUUUUUUUUCUCGGUAUACUAGCUAUUCUUCUUUCCCUUUCUUUUCAUUACCUUAUACUCCUAUGAAAUUACUCUGCGCUGGUGGAAACUUUUAGAUUGAGGAUGUGGGUGUCUUUUUCUAUUUUUUGUGUUGUUUUCUGUUUUUUACUCCCCCAACAUCUGGUGGAAGUUUUUGUGAAUUUGGAAUGUGGAUUUGGAUUUUUGUAAUUUGGUGGUUUUGACUCGCCCUUGAAAUUUAUACUGAAGGUUAUAGAGUGGCAAUCUGAAUUGAUAA